GACAGAAAAAAAUUAUACACUGUGCGAGAUACACAUUCAAGUGUGUGUAUAGAUAUUCCGGCAUGACAGUGUAUUUGUCAUUUCAAUUUUCGUGUGUGCUGCUCAGAUAAACGAACGAGAAUCAUGUGCCUGAAUGUUUUUUCCCUUUUUUUUUUGUUGUUUGUUUGUUUGUUUGCUAAUGUGAGGUAAAAUGUCCCAACAUCUUGCCGUUGUGUCUAAAUAUGAACAGCUGAUUUUGUUUUUGUUGCCCCUCCUAUGAGUUAAUGUGACCUACACGAAAUAAAAACCAAGUAAAAUAUAUGUACAUUUUGGCAAGUGUAGUGCAUAAAUAAUAAUAAUAAUAAUAAUAACACAAAAAAGAGGAAGCGUGAAAAUGCCAAUAGUUCAUGCAGACACAAACACACAUUCUAAUUUUCUCAGUCAGCUGUUUUCUGUUGUCUUGAGCACGUCUCUCAUUUUUUUUGUAUUUUUUUCUUGUCUUGUUUUUUUCCUCUGGGCCUCUCUCUCGCUCUUGUUUGAAAAUACCCCUGCGCCAAUCGGGGAAAAAUUAGAGCAACGCCUGCUCCACACAACGCUCGAUAAAACUGCGGGAAAUGCUGCUAAGCAAUAACUAAAAAUAAUUUGUGAUGAUCUUGUAAAUUGAAGUAAUACACAAUGUGUACAAUCCACAAGUUUCAAAUUCACAAAUAUAACGUUUCGGUUGGAUGCUCUCAGUAAAAUGUAAUAUAAAAGUUAACAAAAAUACACAAAAUUAAUGACUCAAAACGUGUUUAUUGGGGACAUCAAAUAUUUGAUUAAAGUGCAAGCCUUUGAAAAACCGCCGAAUUAAUGGAAAAACUAUAACAGAGCGUGCUCGGAUUGCCAAAUCAAAGAGAGAAUCGAUAGAUGCACCACCAAAGGGGAAAGCAACCAAAUUAUAUUGGUAAAACAACCGUUGCCAAAUAAUAAGAAAAAGAAAAGUCGACAAAGUAGAAAACAAGACACAUACAUAAUACCAUAUGUACAUAAUAUAAUAUUCGGUUAUGCCUUGUAAAUACAAAAUAUAAAAUAUUUAGGAUCUAGGCAACUACGCUUAUAACGACAACUAAAACGAGGAGAAGGGAACACACCUUUUCGAAUUUCAAACAAACACGAUUCUCAUUCUAGUCGCGAAACUCUCACAAUUACAGAUAAUUAUCACACGGUGAGACACAUAAAAACAUUUACUAUAAAACAGUAAUAACCUCCCCCACCAACAAAUAAAAACCAAGCAAACCAAUAAUAAAUCUACACUAACAUUAAAAGGAAGAAAGCCAACAAACAAACAACUUAAAAAUAAACAAAAAUAUAUAUAAAGAACAAAACCAAACGAUUUGAAAAACAAACAAACAAGCGCGAUAUUCCAAAUUACCAUCAAAUCAAUGUGCGGAUGAUCUACCAAGAUCUUUUGUAAAACGGUCCCCCAUCAUCGCAAUAACAACAUCCAUUAGCAAACGCAAGUUGUGAGUUGCGUUAUAAUUCUUCAAUAACGACGACAAACGAUCCGGAAACGGACCAAGAUACCAAAUACCGGAUCCGGAGCCGGAGUCCGUGAAUAGAACGUGGAAACGAUACCGUAGCCGAAGGGUUCGACCGAAGGGUCAAGAUGCAUAUUGAAAUUCAGGUCGCUCUGAACUUUGUCAUAUCCUAUCUCUAUAAUAAAUUGCCGCGCAGACGUGUAAAUAUAUUCGGCGAGGAGCUAGAGAAGGCGUUACGCGACAAGUUCCAGGGUCACUGGUAUCCAGAAAAGCCCUUCAAGGGUUCUGCCUAUCGAUGCUUAAAGACCGGCGAUCCCAUAGAUUCGGUUCUGGAAAGAGCGGCCAGGGAAAGUGGAGUACCGAUCGGCGAUAUACUAGAAAACUUGCCAAAUGAACUAUCUGUCUGGGUUGAUCCCGGGGAGGUUUCAUUCCGCAUUGGCGAAAAGGGAGCAGUGAAGAUACUCUAUACGGAGAACAAUGAGAACCAUGAGGACAGCCACUCGGCGGACCGAGAGGUCACCAAGAUGUUCAAUCCCGAGGCUCAAUGUUUUCGUCCCAUCGAUGCUGUUAACACGACUAUGAACAAUCUGAGCUUGAGUCCGAAGGCACUUCCAUUGUCGCUGCCCCAGGCGGGAUCAUCACCGCACUCGGCUGCCUCCAGUUCGCCCACCUACAAGGGUAGUCCGAAUCCCACGAUUUCCGGCAGCUGUAGUUCCGGCUCCGGAGCGGGAUCCGGAUCGGGUUCCGGUUCCGGAUCGAAUCUGGGCCCCGGUCCAGGUACCGUCCCAGUUUCAGUUGCCGGAAAUAAUGCUACCGCCAAUGCCGCAGCAGCUGCCUUUAUGCAACGCGGUGGCCAGGCUCCAUUAACAUUUACCACGGCCACCUUUGCUCAGACUAAAUUCGGUAGCACCAAGCUGAAGACCAGCUCCAAGCGCACAAACAGCAGCGCCUAUCGCAUGUCGCCCACUGAGUUCUCCAACUACAUCAAACAACGUGCCAUGCAACAGCAGAUGCAUCAUAGCCAUGGAGUUGUCCCGUCCGCAGGAUCAUCGGUAUCGGCUGCCUUUGCAGGACUCGAUGCUGUAUCGCCUGCCCGUUCUCUAUCACCGAAUCCACUCUCGUUGAGCGGUGGAAAUCCGAAUCAAUCAGCCACUGGAACAUCGGCAGAUCCAUUUUAUUAUCCAAACAUGGCAAUUGGUCUGUACCCACAAUUCGGCAAUCCACGUAACCUGUUCGAGUCGCACUUCAAUGCGGAUGCCAGUAGUUUGGGACUAUUUGUGGGCGGAAGUGCUGCCACAGCUGCCGCUGCAGCUGCCGUCGCCGGUGGAGGUGCCAAUAAGUACAGUGCUUACCUUGACCCAUGCUAUUUUGGCAAUGGUCAUGCCAACUCACAGCAUCCACAACAACAACAGCAACAGAAUCGUGUCGGAAUGGAUCGUCCAAAUGUCAGUGAUGGCAGUUGCUUUGGCCUGAAUGUUGAUUGUGGUGGCGGUGUUGUGGGCCUUGACGAUUCAUCCACAUCCUCAUCAUCGGCUGCAGCCGCUGCAGCUGCUGCUGUUGCCGUUGCCAUAGCCGGAGAUUCAUCCACGGACAAUAGCCCCCUGAGUACUCCAAAUGCUGUGACAACAACGACAAACGUAUUGGGAACAACGGCGACAGCAACCAAUUCUUCCACCAAUAGUAGCCACCAAUCUCAACCACCAGCUGCCCAGGAUCCUUCGUCCUCGUCCACGGGUAACAACAACAACAAUAAUAAUAACAACAACAGCAAUAACAAACUGAUCGACGGAAUUAGCUCAUUCUACGGCACUGGAUCAUCGUAUCAGCAACUAUUGGUUGCCAACUAGAGUUCCCUUGAAACUAGUCACCGAAAACAAAAUGAUCCACCACCAUAGGUAUAUAUAACUGUCAUAAAGGAAAGUGGCAUCAUGGGCAGUAACAAUAUAUAUAUAUAUAUAUAUAUAUAAUCGUCGGGGAAAUGAACAUAGAACAUUUCGUGUUUUCAACACCUCGAAUACGGAUCCGAAUUGUUAUGCAGUUUUGGGAUUUCCUUCAAAGAGUCCCAACGUUUUCAAUGUUACGACUAUAUAGGACGGUGCAAAAUGAUCAAGGAUAGAUGGGUCAAGUGGUGGACAAUGGAUAUAGAUGACAUCAUAAAUCCGAGGAGAAGGGACAAGAAAAAACAACAAAAUAGAAUCCAAGUAAACAGCAACAUGUUUUGCCAUUGUGAAUAGUAGUGCAGUGAAGUGUCCUUGCAAUGAAGAACAGCAAACGAAGGAUGCAAAUUAAGCAGAAAAAAAAGAAGAGAUAUGCAAAAACUAAUUCGAUACGAUGUUGACACGCCCACACACCCAUGUUCACACCCAAUGCACACACCAACCAGGUGUAUAUAUAAAAAUGCUGUAUGCAGAUGUAUAUACAGAUGCAUAUUUAUAUAGAUAGGGCCGAAUAGUGACAUCAUGUGUGUGGGGCCUAUAAAUGUAGAUAUGUACGACUUGUAUAUACAUAUAUAUAUCAGCCAUACAAAUAUUUAUUUUGUUAUUAAAUUCAGCAUAGAAAGCAAAGUGAAAUUUCUUUAUGGUAUCAGCAGCCGAAGCAGCAUGCAUAUAGUAAUAAUAUAAAUUUAAAAAAAAUAAAAAUAUAGGGUGUACAAGCCAUAGGCACUCUACACUCAAAUCACAAGCAAAUGGUAAAAAAAAACCAACCAAUAAUAUUACAAAAAAAAAAAGGAAUAUAUAUAUAUAUAUAAAGAAGGCAACUAGAAUGUCUCAACUAAUUGUUUUUACUUGUUAUGCAUAUAUAUAAAUAUAUAAAUAUAUUUAAUUAUCCAACUUAGGAUCAACUUUUACAUUAAGUUUUUAAUUAGUUGUAAAAUUAAAAUAAGAUCAUUUUUGUAGAUCAAGUUGCUAACAAAAAAAAAAGAAGAGAAAACAAGAAGUCAACAUUGUUGACCAUAUAUAAAUAUAGAGAUGCAACUUGCACACCCUGAGCAUCCUGACCUGUGAAGAAAGUUUUUUGCCGUAGAAAGUCCUUCUUCCAAUUCUUUGUAUUUUUAUAAAAUGUUAUUUUAGUUUUGUAUAUACAUAUAUCUGAAGUUAACUUGCUAAACAAAGUUAACUCGAAAUGUAUUCAGUUUCAAAAUACCAUACGAAAUAUAAACAAAAAUCUUUCAAUUUUCAUACUAUCAAAAAAGUGUUUCGACAACUUUCUGUAAAUACAAUUUUUAAGUUGGCUUUUAGUACAGGUUAUGUAUUCUGGGUGAGUAAGUUAUUGUUUACUUGAACUUGUUUUUAUUUUGACCUUUGAAAAUACACCAAGACAGAUUUUCGGCGACUUUUUAGUUUAUAUACUGGCAAAUUGACUAAUGAUUAACUAAUAAAAAUAAUUCACGCAUUUGCUCAAACGACUAGACAUAAAGUGAAGACCCUGCUCUCAUAAAUAAAACAGAGUAAAAAUAGAAUUUCUUUUGCCCAUAUACAAAAAAAGGCCCACGAAAGACCUUAAGUUAAAAAAUAUAAUUGCAGCUCAUAUAAUUAAAACUAAAUAUUUAAGAAGCUCAAAGACUAGGAAAGAGGACGAGGAAAGUUUAGUUUCACUUUAAAAAAAAAAAAAUAAAAAAUUUUCUAAGAAACCGUAGAAGGAAAACCUCAGUUUCCUUUAACAAAAUCCUUCUUUAAUCAAUCAUUCGUUCAUAUUAUAAUGAAAUCAUAAAACAAUUUUUAUGUAACAGGACUUUGAAUGAUUUUAUUGAUAGUGCCAACCAAGGUCGUCGGGUCACUUCUAGUUCUUGGUUAACCCUAGAUAAAAUUUAUGCAAAAUGAAACCAAAACCAAAAUAAUAUUUAUAUUUUUGUUGUGUGUUAAAUUGUGUGUAUUACCAAUUGACUUUGUAAUUAUUAUUUUUUUUUUGUAUAUAUAUAUCUAUUUUUAUAUGAACAUUUGUAAUUUUUAUAAAUCGAGUACAGUAACCAAAAAUUUUAUACUUUUUAUAUGGGCUUAUGUGAAAAUACCUUGCUCUAAAUGGAAGUGCUUACUUUAAUUAAAAUGAAAAUCGAUAUGAAAACAAAACGAGAAUACCAAAAGAGCAUUUUAGUUGAUAUGUUUUAAGUCCCCAAAUGAAACAUAAGUUAAAUGUAAAUAUGUCAUUUCAUACAUCAUUUCACUUCUCAAUAUAUAUGUAUAUAUAUAUAUAUAUAUGUUGUUUAAUGGAUGUAUAGUGAAUUUAAAGGUACGAAAGUACUUUUAAGAAUAUAGAAGAAGAACAAACACAAGAGAUAACAAACAAUGUAUUGAGCAAUGGAAUUCAUUCUAUCUUGUUAAAGAAAACGAUUUUAGUUUUCCAUUUUUUUAUAAUUAUUGCCUAGUCACAAAAAAAAAAUAUAAAACAAAACAAAGAAAAAUGUGGAAAAUUAAUAGAAAAUAUGAAGGGAUGAAGAUUUUCAGCUUUUUGAAGAAUGUAUUCGAGAAUAUGUACCUACACAUCCGAUAGAUGUGUGUAUCUAAACCUACCACUGAAAACAGAAAUUUAAUGAAACAUUUAAGUACCUUAACGAAGCUUCUAAUUAUAGCUACUGUGACCACGAACAAGAGUCAAAUCAAAGCCAAGCCAACAGAAAAACAAACCCCACAAUGGUAUAUCCAUUCGUAACUAUCGUUUUUUUUUUUGUUUUUCAAAAGUUAAAGGUUACGAAAUUAUAGAUUGGCAUUGUUGGGGGAGAUCUAUAGCUUUUGUAUUCUGAUCAUAGUAGCGCAUAAGUACCUACAGACAAAACAUACAUACAUACAACAUUUGACACUUGCACACAUUAAGGAUUAGGCACGUUUUUUUCUUAGAUAUAUUAAAGUAUAUUUAAAUUAAACAGAACAAACAAGAAAACAAAACAAAACAAAACCAAGACAUUUUGUACUUUUAUAUAUAUGAUGAGUAUAUAUAUAUUCGUAUACAAGUAUACAUAUGAAUGACUCUAAAUGGUUCAACUCAACGGAUUCUCAAUGUAUUUUUUGUAUGUCUCAGAAUGAAACCAAGCAUAUAUUCGUAAUGUUAGAAGAAAUUGUCUCACAUGCCAUAUUCUCUAAGUAAACCAUAUAUAUAUAUGGCACAAGUAAAAGCCCCCCAAAAAAUGUAUGCAUCUGCCAAUCUAUCUUUACCUGAAUCUGAACCAUAGAAAUGGAAAUGAAGAAUAUUCGGAAAGGCAGAAUUAGAAUGAUGGAAAGUAUUAAAUGCGAAUACUGCAGAUUGCUUGCUUAUAAAAAAAAAAUAAAAACCAAACUAUUCUAUUGUGAUUGUGAUAACAAUGUAAGGACACGGAUAAGGAUAAAGAUACAGAUAAGAAGUGAAGUGAAUAAAACCGAUGUAGUAAUGGCAAAUGAUUCAUAUGUCUGUAUGUACAUAAAUGGGGAAAAUUUUUCAAAUUAAGUAACCGCCUAAUCAUCGAUGUCCACCAACUUUAAAUUUUAACUCGAUCGAGAUGAAAUUGUAUCCGACCGACCUAAUAAGCUUAAUGAACCAUUAUGGUAGAUACACAAAUAUACAAAACCAAAACAAAAUAAAAACAUAUUUUACAAUAUGAAAUAAAUACAAAAAUCCACAGCAAAGCAAAACAUUUUAAUACACACUUGAAGGAGAAAAAAAGCAGAAAAUUAGACAGAAAAGCCAGAUGUAGACACAACUCACUAACUAAAGUAAAAGAUCGACAUUGGUACAUGUAUUUAGCUACAAGAAUGACAAGAAUAUAGAUAUAAUACAAGCUUUUUAUACCUCAGAUAUGUUUCUAUAUGUAUGUAAAAUGUACGAAGAGAUAUCUCUCACGCAAUGCAAAGUAAUGAAGUAACAAAAUAUUAACUAUAUUUAAGCCCACUUUAUCUUCGAUAAGGUUCAUAAGUACAGAUAUUUUGAUAGGUAGUUAGAUGACAAAACUCAUUUACGAAUGUAACUUUUAUAUAUUUUUUUAGGUAACUUGUUUUAUUGAUACGCAAUUUCCAACAUAAAUCUAAAUGUGCAUUACCAAAAACAAAAAAAAAACAAAAACAGACUCUUAAAUAGUAUUUCCGGAAAUUGGUUAGUGGAAAGCUCUGGAUGUUAGCGGAAAUAUAUAUAAAGUAUGAUAAAUAUAUCAUAAUAAAACUGAAAAAGUAUCAGCGUAUAAGCAACUGUACUUUCUAUCAUAAGUGUUAUAUUUUUUCCAAGUUAUCGGGCUUAACAAAAAACAGUUUAUAUAAUAAAUAUUUUCUCAUGCGUGUCUAGAUUUUACAUAUGUAUAUGGUAUAUUCCUAACUCAACACCAAAAACAAAUUGGUUAUGAAAUUUUAUGUGAUCUGAGUUCAAACAGCGCUUAUUUUCUGUUACAUAAGACAUAUGUAUAUAUAUAUGUAUGUAUGUAUAUAUAUAUAUAUAACAUAUUAAAGCAACAACAACAACGCGAAAUAUAUAAGCAAAGGCUGAGAAGGCAAACAUACAUACAUUUACGGUAUAUGUACGUAUUAUGUUUUAAACUUCAAUUUAAAUAAGUUUUGGUACCGAUAUUGAUUGAUAUAUAUACAUAUAUAUCGCUUUCGUUUAACAAAAAAAAAAAACAUAAAACCAAAAAAUCCGAAAGAGAAAGUAAUUAAAUUAAUGCAUAUCAGUGAUUACAAUAAUGAUGUACAUACAUGCAAAACAAUAAAAAAAAAAUAAUGAAAGAAAUAAUGUACAUGUGUGACCUCAUUAGCACACAAUAAACGUGUAUGUACUAUCUAAUUCUUAGUACCGAAAAUAUUCAAUCAAUUUAAAACAAAACCAAAACAAAAAAAAUGACAAACCCUUACGUGUGUGGAAAUAGGCAUAGAGGUAAAUAAUAUAAAAUGUAUGUACUAUGUAUAGUAACAAAUAUAACUUCCAUAUGAGUAUUUUUCGUAUUACCUUUAGUAGAAUAAAGAUUAUCGUAUAAUUAAAA